CGCGCGGGCGGAGCCGGGCGGGUCCCGCAGGGGAGGUCGGGGCUGCGCGGCGCGGAGCAGGCCCCUCGGCCAGGCCAUGUCUGAGGAGGGAGGCGGCAAACUGCGCCUCAAGCCCAGGAAGGCGCCACCGGGCCGCAGCCGGGAGCCCAGCCCGGGUCGGGAGCCCCCCGCGCGGCGCCAAACAUUGGCCAACAGAUACUCCUGGUUUGAACAACAAGGAUUAAGUGAGUCUGAAAAUAUGUGGAUGCUGAUACUGAAGGCUGUCAAUCCAGAUCUAAAACCCACAAGCUGGGAAACAGUGCCCAGUUUACCAGAAUUUUUUGGACAGAAUUCUGAAAAUGAGAAGAACCCACCAAAACCAGAAGUCUUUAAGGUAGGAAUGAAAGAUUUUCAAUGGAUACCUCUCCCAUCUUUCUACAAAGAAAAAGCUCCUAAUAGAAAUAAUCCAAGCUGCUGUCACAUAUCAAAAAGUCAAACUGAGCAUCUAAUGGAAAGAGAGGACCAAGCAGACCAAAACCAGCUAAAUAUUGCUCCUGUAGUUGAGAAAAUAUCCCUUGCAGUUAAUGACAAUCCAGAUGAGAUCAUAAGAAUGAAACACAGCAGAAAAAGUUCUUCAAAACUGAAAGAAAAAGAAAGGACUGAAAAGUAUGAACAUAAUCAAUUUACAGAUUCAACACUGCAUUCUGAACCAGCAUCUACCCAAAGUCUUGCAAAAGAUUUUUGUCUUCAACAGCUCUGUAAAGGGACUGUGCUGAGUGAAGAGAAAAACAGACAAGAAAAUGAAAGCAAAGGACAACAGUCAUAUGCACAAAUGCACCAACAUAAUGUUUUAUUAGGUGAGACCAGAUCUACAUCUGCAGAAAUAAAAUCUCCUGUUGACAUCCCCAAAAUGGAAGGUCUUGAGGAAAAGGCUGAGGAUCAGAGAGCAGGAACUUUAACUCUUGACAGUUGUCCGAUGUGUCUAAUCCAGUUUACUGGAAUAUUGUCACAGUUGGACAUUGACAGCCAUCUUGCUAAAUGUUUGUCUGAAAGUGCAGAUGAUGUGAUUUGGUAAAAGAACAAGAAUGAAGAGCCAAGGAGUCAGAUGCUAAGAUAUGAAUCUAAGAAAAAAGGAAAGUAUAUAAAGAAAAUGUGUCCUGAUAGAAUGUGUAUUAAACUUGUAUAAUUGAAAAACAAAAACAAAGAAAGGUCAGAAAUACCAUCAGCCUCUAUUAAUUUCCUCUGAACCGCUCUGUGUAUCCAUUGUAUCCCUGAUCCUGCAAAGAGAACUGUGUGGGCAUACUUCUAGAUGAUGUGGAGCCCCACCGAAUGCAUAUCAAAAAAGUACUAUUAUGGCUCCUUGAAGUACAGUAUCUGUUCUCUUUUGCCAGGUAUUUAAAUUGUUAUGCUUUUCAAAGUUAUAGCAGGAAGAGGUUGAUGCAAGAAAUUUUCUUGUAGACUGUUAAUUCUGUAGACUGUUAAUUUGCCUAAUCCAAAUGUCAUUGAAUCCAGUGAUUUCAACGGGCUUUGUAUCAGGUUCUAAAUGGUUAACUCUUUGGAAAGUAAAUUGCCUGAUACUUUGGGUACUACAGCAUUUUUUAAUGUCUGUUUAGGCUUUUAAAUUUCAGUUCAUGCCUUUAUUUGAAAAAAAGUUUAAAUAAAUAUCUAGCUGGAAUUUUGCACUGUUCUGUAUUGGCCGCUAUAUGAAAGUAUAUAUAUGAUGGUACUGUAUAUCCCAGAUUAGGGAAGGAAAACUGCACCCUUCAUACAGAUGACAUUCUUGGAUUCGUAUCACUGCUCCCUGAUUCUCUCUCCCACAAGUCAAGGUCUGCUUCAUUAUAACCUCUCAUUUAAAAUAACGAAGAUAGCAAGCCUCAUAUAAAUUAUGCCCGAUAAACGCAUAGCUAGAUGUUCUCAUAGCAUUGAAAUGCAGAAAGGUUUAAUGUAAUGAUGCUAAUAGAACAAGGCUCAAAUAUACUUGUUGCUGCCCCCAGACAAGUGGAAAAUUGCUUAUACUUAUGUGAAAAUGUAAAGAAGCACAGCUUCUUUGUUCAGCAAAUCACACUGAUACUUUUAUGCUCUUUCAUUUUUAAAAUCAGAUUUUGUGCUUUAAAAUUAUACACGACUUGUCAUGAAUUUCCAGUAGGUUACCAAGACAGUUGCAGUUAAAUAUGUUGUAAAUUUUUAAAUUUCAUUACCGAUUGCAGAUCAUUACAUUCAGUAAUAGCUUAUUAAUUUGUGGGAAGGGAGGGAAAGACACGGAUAUACAAUAGGUGCUUCAUUUACCCAUGGGACAGAUGCCUGUUUUCACCAAACAGGGUAGUUAAUUCAUGCAUUACAUGAUAUUUGGAUUCACAAUCCCUGAACUCAUUUCUUCUCACAAGGUUAUGAAUAAAAAACAAAAAUGACUAGU